AUGUGGUCCCUCAAGGCUACGGCUCUUCUGGCGCUUGCGCCCUUCGCCCAGCUGGUAUUGGCUCAGGGUCCCACCCCUACCACUUACGAGGACCCCGAUACCGGUAUCAUCUUCGACACAUGGCAGGGUACUGGGGCGGACAUCACCUUUGGUGUUGCCCUGCCUCCGGACGCGCUGGACGUGGACGCUACUGAGUUGAUUGGUUACCUGAAAUGUGGAGGCUCGGGCUGGUGUGGCCUGUCGUUCAACGGCAUCAUGACAAACAGUCUUCUGCUGGCGGCGUACCCCCACGACGGCGAGGUCCUCACUGCCCUCAUGUGGGCGACCGGUUACGAGAUGCCCGAUACCUACGCCGGUGAUGCAGAGAUCACCCAAAUCAGGUCUAGCAUCACCGAUGAUGGGUUCGAGCUCAUCUACCGCUGCCAGGGCUGCUUGGCCUGGGACCACAAUGGUGCCACUGGCAAGGCCGUCACCAGCACUGGUGGCAUGAUGCUCGGAUGGGCCCUGGGCGCCGAUUCUCCCACCAACCUUGAAUGCCCCCAGAACAUGGUGGUCGUCCAGCACGAAAGCCAGUGGAUCUUCCGUGGCACCCUGACCGAGAACGCCGUCGACGAGGCUUACGAGGAGUGGGCUGCUUUGGCCACGAACGUCGUGGAGGGCGACUGCGGUGGCGGCUCGGACCCGGACCCGACCACCACCACGGCCCUUCCCACUGGCACGGGCAUUCCGGUGCCCACUGACGCGUCCUACGACUACAUUGUUGUCGGCGGCGGUGCCGGCGGUCUCCCCAUGGCCGACAGGCUCAGCGAGGCUGGCCACAAGGUCCUGCUGAUCGAGAAAGGUCCCGUCUCGACCGGCGAGUGGGGUGGUGAGAGGAAGCCCGAGUGGCUCGAGGGCACCGACCUCACACGCUUCGACGUGCCCGGUCUCUGCAACCAGAUUUGGGCGGACUCUUCCGGCAUUGCUUGCCGUGACACCGACCAGAUGGCGGGCUGCCUGCUGGGCGGCGGCACGGCCAUCAACGCCGGUCUAUUUUGGAGGCCCAAGGCCGCUGACUGGAACUACAACUUCCCCGAAGGCUGGAAGGCCGACGACUUGGCGGCAGCCGAGGAGCGAGUCUUCAGCCGCAUCCCCGGUAACCGCUUCCCUUCGACCGACGGCGAGCGCUACCUCGACCAGGGCUUCCAGGUGGUCUCGGGUGCCCUGUCCGAGGCUGGCUGGACGGAGGUCAACUUCUUGGAGGAGCCCAACGAGAAAAAGCAAACUUUUGGCCACGGCCCGUUCAUGUUCAACGAGAAUGCCGAGCGCGGCGGACCCCUCGACACCUACCUAAAGACGGCGGCGUCCCGCAGCAACUUUGACAUGUGGACCAACACGCAGGUCAAGCGUGUCAACCGGGAGCGUGGCCACGCCACCAGCGUCGAGGUGACCAACUACAACGGCGAUGGGUAUGAGGGCACGGUCAGCUUGACCGAGGGCACGGGUCGCGUCAUCCUCUCCGCUGGCACCUUUGGAUCCGCGAAGCUGUUGAUGCGCAGUGGCAUCGGUCCUCAGGAUCAGCUUGAGGUUGUGGCUGCCUCGGCCGAUGGGCCAGACAUGAUUGACGAGUCGGAGUGGAUCAAGCUGCCCGUGGGCUACAACCUGGAGGACCACACCAACACCGACACGGUCAUCGCGCACCCCGACGUCGUGUUUUACGACUUUUACGAGGCGUACGACGACCCAAUCCCCGCGGACCGCGAUGCCUACCUCGACGAGCGGACCGGUAUCCUCACGCAGGCAGCGCCCAACAUUGGGCCCGUCUUCUUUGACGAGAUCACCGGGUCCGACGGCAUCACCCGCUCUCUCCAGUGGACAGCCCGCGUGGAACCGUCGCUGGGCCACACCAAUCUGACGGCCAUCACCAUGUCCCAGUACCUCGGCCGUGGCGCCGUCUCCCGGGGCCGCAUGACCAUCACGUCGGCCCUGAACACCGUCGUCUCGGACGUGCCGUACCUCAAGAACCAGCAGGAUGUGGAGGCGGUGAUCAAGGGCAUUGAGAACCUCCAGGAGGCCAUGGCGGGCUACGAGGGCAUCGAGUGGCUCUCGCCCAGCCCCGACGAGACGGCGCGCGAGUUCGUCGAGAACAUGGCCGUGUCGCCAUCCAACCGCCGUGCCAACCACUGGAUCGGCACCAACAAGAUGGGCAAGCUCGACGGGCGCCAAAACAAUGGAGACGCCGUCGUGGACCUGAACGCCCGGGUCUGGGGCACGGACAACAUCUUUGUCGUCGACGCGUCCAUCUUCCCCGGCAUGAUCACGCCCAACCCGACGGCCUACAUUCUCACCGUGGCCGAGCACGCCUCGGAGAGGAUCCUGGCCUUGGAUCCGGCCACGCCUGGCAGCAAGUACGCGCAGUGCGGUGGCCAGACGUGGACGGGCAGCUACCAGUGCAAAGAGGGGCUAACCUGCACCAAGGUCGACAACUACUACUCGCACCGUGCAAUGCCCCUCGAGAACAUAGGGACUGGUGAAACAAGCAUGGCACUAUCCAUCUGCAACACUUCGCAUGUUCCCGAGGGUCUGCUUGACCUGUUGGAGUCGUAUUUGCCCAACUCGCUGCCCCUCCUGCGGCGGUUGCAGUUCGCGCAGCACGAGGGACGCAUCACACCCACCGCCCGCAUCCUCUUCAUACACAAUGGUCCGCCGAGACAGCCCCAGUACUUGACUGCUGCGUACGUCGACCUCGCGGGUGGACCGGAAACGCAGAUGUGGCUCUUUUCCACCUUGGAGGUCCAGCCUGCAGCAGUCGACGUCCACACGGCGCAGCUGCGGGCUCUCGUCGGGGAGAUGAUUGAGAUGAACAAGUCCCAUGGCAAGGAGCUGUGGCACGAGGAGGGCGUGCUGCUGGGUACGUGCGAGACGGGCGUCAGGAGGGUAUUGACGGGCAUGAAGAGGCUGAGGACGCGGGAGACGGGGUUUUAUGACAAGUGGCUCUUCCAACAGCAGCAUCUACCGACGCAGAGGGACAUUCUAGGGGCAAAGGGGGCGGAGAGGAGGGAAGAUGGGCUGGAGGAGGGGAUGAGGUGGGACGUCGCGAGUCUGGAGGACUGCGAGAUUGUGGUGACUCGGACAGAUAUCCCACGGACAGCGCCCAUGCUGGCAACACUGCCAAGUCUGGUGAUCCGUCUGGAUGAGGGUAGGCCGAUUGCGUGGGCCUUUCUCGGGCACGACGGGUCGUUGAUCAGUCUUCACUGCGAGGAGGACUUCCGCAGAAGAGGCUUGGCCAAGCUGCUGGCUGCGAGGCUGAUGAGACAAGGUCCGGGGGAUUUUGUACGCGACGGAUGGUGCUCGGCAGACGUGGUCUACAUUGACGUUGCAGAAGAUGGUGUUAGCCACAAUGGUUAUGCAUGA